UCUGACUAUAGUACUUUCUAAUUAUUUCAUUGUUGUAAUUUCUAGAUUCUAUGCAAUUUCAGAAAAGGAUAUUUUUUAAAUAAUGUACAAGGUGUGUGUGAGAUGCACACUUAAGAUUUAUGAAUGUGAUUACUCGUUGGCCUGGAUCCACCCAUGACGCCACGAUCUUUAAUAAUUCAACACUGAAGGCUGAAUGUGAAAGUGGAUUGUAUGAGAAUCGUUGGUUAAUUGGAGACAGUGCUUAUCCUUGUAAGCCUUAUUUAUUAACAUCUUUGCUACAUCCCACCUCGCAAAGUCAGCAACAUUACAAUGAAGCCCAUGUACGGAUACGGAAUACUAUUGAAAGAUGUUUGGGGUUUGGAAAAGGAGAUUCCCCGUGAUAUCUCUGAAAAUAAGGCUAUCAUUACCUAACACCCAAUCCGUUAUAAUAGCCACUGCUAUACUUCAUAAUUUUUGUAGACAAAUGAACAUUGAAGAUGUAGAGCCAGAAAUUGAUGUACCAAGAUAUGAAACUGUUCCAAUGUUAGUGAAUGAGCCCAGCGACUAUAGUAUUGUUGAGAGAGAAGACUUAAUUAAUAAUUACUUUAGCAUGUUUGUUGUUUAGUUCAAUUUAUAAAAUAGCCCUAGUUUGUUCUUAUUGCACAAAUAUUAUGACUUACUACCGUUUAAAUUGUUUCAGGGUACAGUGAAUUACUU